AGCGCGCAGCGGCUGACCCGGAAGUAGCUCAGUCCACGCGAGUCAGGCAGAAUCGUUGAGGAUACGAAGGCUGCGGUGUACAGAAGUGGAGAGAAAUAUCACCUGAGAAAACUGUUUUUAGCCGUCUGCAACCAUGAGUCUGUUGACAAAGCCCAAGUCUGAGAUGACUCCGGAGGAGCUCCAGAAACGAGAGGAGGAGGAGUUCAACACUGGCCCCCUCUCGGUUCUCACCCAGUCAGUGAAGAACAACACUCAGGUCCUCAUUAACUGCCGCAACAACAAGAAGCUGCUCGGAAGAGUCAAGGCUUUUGACAGACAUUGCAACAUGGUCUUGGAGAACGUGAAGGAAAUGUGGACGGAGGUUCCUAAGAGCGGGAAGGGAAAGAAGAAAUCUAAACCGGUGAAUAAGGACCGCUACAUUUCUAAAAUGUUCCUCAGGGGGGACUCGGUCAUCGUCGUGCUGAGAAAUCCUCUGAUCACAGGAAAAUGAACUCUUUAAAGUCAUCCAGCUGAACCGGUCACGGAGCCUUUUUUCUUUCUUUUUUUGGAAGAUUUAAAGGCCGUGGAUUCCCAUUAAUGUUAACUUUUUUGUUUAGAUUUUUGUUGUUGGAUCACUGCAUUCACUGUUGAGAUAGAAAUAUUAACAAAAUGUUUCUACUAUUUUGAGAGUCAUGGGGGCACAGUGGUGCCUGAUUUUGCUUUGUCUACAGAGGUCUUCUGUCUUUUUCAUUUUAAUAAUAAAAGUGAUGAACAGAUUCAGAAA